GCGCCUUGACGCGGCCGCCAGCUCCCGGCUGCGGCCGGGCCGCACAGCCCGCCUGUCGCCUGCUCCUGCGUCUUUUCCACCGCCCUUCUCCUCCUCACUGCCCAAGGCCUCUGCGCCUGUGACCCUCAGCAUGCUUUGGCUUUUGUCUCUGGAGCCAUCUCCCUUUGGUCUUCCCGUACAUUUUGUGCAGAUGUUUGGCGGAGACCGUGCUCCUCUCACAACAGCUCUGUCCGGAGUCUCCUCCGUGGUAGGCAGAGACCACUGGCGGUUCCGGACUCUCAGGCGGGGGAGAGCGCAGAGCCCAGGGCCCCCGGCCCAGGUGACCAGCCCCGGCGGGCGCACACCCUUGUCCCGUCAGAGGGACUUCCCUGCUCUGUUCUACUCGUUCCGCUUUAUUGUCUCCAGAGGCACGGCCUUGAGGGGAAACGUGGACGGGGAGACAGUUUUCGAACGGAGCUUUCAGGCUUCAUUUAGUGAGACGGAAAGAAUGAUCUCACUUGGAGGUUUUAUCCUGCUCUCCUUGCCUCAAGUUUUAACGCUGUAAAGAAAAAUCUGCUAGAGGAGAAAUGUCAAAGUUUGCUUUCCUUUUGAGAAUAAGAAAAUCGAAAAUGGCAGAACUCUUUAUGGAAUGUGAAGAAGAAGAGUUGGAACCAUGGCAGAAGAAAGUAAAAGAGGUUGAGGAUGAUGAUGAUGAUGAGCCAAUCUUUGUUGGAGAGAUAUCAAGUUCAAAACCAGCAAUUUCAAAUAUUUUGAAUCGAGUAAACCCCAGCUCAUAUUCAAGGGGAAUAAAGAAUGGCGCACUCAGUAGAGGUAUUACUGCUGCAUUCAAGCCUACAAGUCAGCACUACACGAAUCCAACAUCAAAUCCAGUGGCUGCCUCGCCAGUAAAUUUUCAUCCUGAAUCUAGAUCUUCAGAUAGUUCUGUUACUGUUCAGCCUUUGUCUAAACCUGGUUACAUAACAAACUCAUCACGAGUUGCAUCUAGUAAUUCUACAGAGUUACUGUUUGACUUGACCCAGGAUACAGGAUUAUCACGUUUCCAAGGUGGACCAACACUUUCUUUAGCAGGUGUGAAUGAAAGUUCAUUUUUAUCAAAACGUCCUUCUACUUCCGAGGUGAACAGUGUUAAUCCAAAAAAGUCUAAACCCAGUGAAAGUGUUUCUGGAGCAAAUUCCUCAGCCGUAUUUCCUUCAGCUAAAUCUCUUUCAGUGACAUCUCCCCAGGCUCUGUCAUCAAAAGGUACCAAUACCUCAUCAAGUCAAUCUAAAAACGGCACGCCUUUUCCAAGAGCUUGUCCAAAGUGCAAUAUUCAUUUCAAUCUUUUGGAUCCUUUGAAAAAUCACAUGAAGUAUUGUUGUCCAGACAUGAUAAAUAACUUUUUGGGACUGGCUACAACAGAAUUUUCAAGUACAGCAAAUAAAAACAAGACUGUCGAUUCAGAGAAAGGAAAGUUGAUUAUGUUGGUUAAUGACUUUUAUUAUGGAAAACAUGAAGGAGAUAUCCAGGAAGAACAGAAGACUCACACGACCUUUAAAUGCUUCAGUUGCUUGAAAAUUCUUAAAAAUAAUAUUAGGUUUAUGAACCACAUGAAACACCAUUUGGAACUUGAGAAGCAGAGCAGUGAGAGCUGGGAAAACCACACCACCUGCCAGCACUGCUACCGCCAGUUUCCCACACCAUUUCAACUGCAGUGUCACAUUGAAAGUACACACACACCCCAUGAAUUUUCUACCAUUUGCAAAAUCUGUGAAUUAUCAUUUGAAACAGAGCAUAUUCUCUUACAACAUAUGAAGGACAAUCAUAAACCCGGUGAGAUGCCAUAUAUUUGCCAGGUUUGCAAUUAUAGAUCAUCAUCAUUUUCUGAUGUAGAAACUCAUUUUAGAGCAUCCCAUGAAAACACUAAGAACUUGCUAUGUCCAUUUUGCCUCAAAGUUAUUAAAAUUGCAACACCCUAUAUGCAUCAUUAUAUGAAACAUCAGAAAAAAGGAAUACAUCGUUGUACAAAAUGCAGACUGCAAUUUUUGACAUGCAAAGAGAAAAUGGAUCACAAGACUCAGCAUCAUCGAACAUUUAUAAAACCUAAACAGCUAGAAGGAUUACCUCCAGGAACAAAAGUUACUAUUCGAGCUUCAGUUGGACCUCUUCAGUCAGGAUCUUCAACUACACCUUCCAUUAGUGCAAACACUUCUACCCUUCAGGUCUCGCCUCCAAGGACAAAAAGUGUAACUGCUAAAAAUCCCACAAAAUCUAACACAAGUAAACUUAAUACAACUAAAUCUAAUGCAAGUAAACCUAACUCAAGUAAGCCUAAUGGAAGUAAAUCUAAAUUCAAAUCAAAAAUCUCUAAUAUGCAAAAAAAACAAAGCACUUUGUCUAGUAGCAAUAGAAAAAGUAAAGUCAAUACAGCUUUGAGGAACUUAAGGUAUCGUCGGGGAGUUCACAAGUGCAUUGAGUGUUGUUCUGAAAUAAAAGAUUUUGCAAACCACUUUCCUACAUAUGUCCACUGUAGUUUCUGCAGAUAUAACACUAGCUGUAGCAAAGCCUAUGUAAAUCAUAUGAUGAGCUUUCACAGUAACCGUCCAAGUAAAAGGUUUUGUAUUUUUAAGAAGCAUUCAGAAAAUCUCAGGGGCAUUACUCUAGUGUGCCUUAAUUGUGAUUUCCUAGCUGAUGUUUCUGGCUUAGAUAAUAUGGCUACGCACUUGAGUCAGCAUGAAACUCAUACUUGCCAAGUUGUAGUAGAGAAAGUUUCUGUUUGUAUCCCAACUUCUGCACAUCUUUCUGAAUUAAAAAGUGAAGCUCCCACUAAGGAACAAAAACCGGCGUCUGAGGAAAUUGCAAGACCUAAUAUGGCAGAAGAAGAAACAGAAACACCAAAUUCUGAAAGUCAACAUGAUAAAGCUUCUUCAGAAGAAGAAAAAAGUGGAUGUGAUGCAAAUUCAUUUGAAGCCCCAUCAGCAACGAAAAGUGAAGAAAGCAUAAUAGUUUCAGAUAAGGAAAAGGAUAUCUGUCUUGAAGACAAGGAAACUGGCUCAAAGAAUAUCUUCAGUUAUGAUUCAAAUAUUGGUGAGGAUAAAGUGGAAAAGGAAAAACAAAUUGAGCACAUUUGUCAAGAAACAGAGCUGAAAAUGUGUGAAAGUUCAGAAAACAUAAUUUCAUGUGAUGAGAUUAAAGAUCAAAACUGCAAUGAAGCUGGGUUUUCUUCAAAGAAUAUUAAGGAUUUGCGGUUGACAUCUGGUGAUGUUAGCAUUGAUCAGUUUUUGAGAAAAAGAGAUGAACCUGAAUCUGUUAGUUCUGAUGUUAGUGAGCAAGGCAGUGUGCAUCUGGAACCUUUGACUCCAUCAGAGGUACUUGAGUAUGAAGCCACAGAGAUUCUUCAGAAAGGUAGUGGUGAUCCUUCAGCCAAGCCUGAUGAAGUAGUGUCUGAUCAAACAGAUGAUGUACCUGGGGAAAAUAGCCCUAGCACAUCAGAGACAACAGUAGACCUUGCAGAUGAAAAAGAAAGAAGUUGAAAUUAGUUGUCAUUCUCAGUUUUAGUGUACAAAUGGUGAGAGCAUUUGGAACAGUGCUAUCAGGUGAGCUCAGUGGUGCUUUAGUGGAGUUCAGAAACAGAAAAAUGUGAGGGAGGUCAUUCAUACACUUUCUCUGAACAACCUACAUUAUUACAGAAAUCAGUUCAAUAAUAGCAUGAUAGUGUGGAUUUUCAAGGGGUUUUAAAACAUGAACAGAAUUUUAAUGAAUGUUUACAAUAGAAAAGCUUCAUUUAACAGUUCUCAAGGAAAUGAAACUUGAUUGCCAAUAUGAAUCAUUAUUAGAAUAUUAGUUACAUUUAUAAGCAUUGAAAAUUCCAUCAAUCCUAAGCUAAAUAUCUUUAUUACUUAUAUGUCCUUCUCAACUCAGAGGAAGAAAGUUGGAAACCACAUACUUUUGGGGAAUAAUUGAUUUAAAAUAAUGGCUAAUUGGCAUUGUUAGUGAAAGCUUUAUUUUGGGUAUGAUGCUGGUAAAUGCUUAGAGUAUGAAAUUAAUGAAGCUAUUGAGAAUUUGAAUGAACGUAAACUUAUUUUGGAUUUAAUAUAACAUUCCAGACUAUCAUAAGCAUGUAAACAGAAUAUUUGAAUCCAUGUACCUCCAUACAAGUGUUAGCCUGCCAGGCUGUAAGCUUACCUUAAUUAAACUUUCAGUGAAAGUGAAAUUAUUAAAAUAUAAAUUUAUAUUUGUGUUUUGUCAGUGUGAGCUGUGCAGAAAUCCCUUAAUGAACUAGUUGUAUAAAGUAGAAAUCCAUUGUUGAAACUUCUGUAGCUAUUAUGCUUUUAAUAUUGUUUUAAUGAUCUUUAGAAUUAGACUCAUAAAAAUGGUCUGGAAACCAAACCAAAGUAUGAGAUAAUAAAGAUACUGUAAAGCAGCAAACUGAAAACAUGUCCUGGCAUGAACUCAGCCAUGUUUAAGUGACUUUUCCUUUAAUUGUAAAAUAGAGACUUCAAAUGGAACCUAAAGCAGUGAUGUGAAAAAUUGGUUUGGGAUAUUUAGUCUAAUUUAUCCAUAAGAUGGCCACUAAGUUGAUUUUCAGUUGUUUUUUAUCCUCUAGUUAAUAAAGAUCUAGAAAUCAGUAAGAAUAACAGUAGUCUGCUUUGAAGUACUAAUAAACUUUUAUUUAAAAUGCUACAUUUUUACUUCUUAAAACGUGCAUUGAAUUCUUAAAUUUUGUUCCACUGAAUAUUAAAUGUUUUAAAUGUCUAUUAAAAUUCUGCUGUAUAUAGUUUUUGAGUAAAUAUUUGUAAUAAAAUUCUGUCCCUGAAUAAUUUUAUUUUUCAGAAAACUGCUUGAGUCAGAUUACCUGUGGCGCCUUUAGAAACUGUAUGCUUGUUCAAGGAAAUUUCAUGUUAAAGUUAGUGGUAGGGUUUCAUUCUGUAUUUUUUAAUUUGAUAUAUGAUAUAUUUUAAGUCAGUAAAAUAUAGGGCGAAGUACUGCUAAUAUUUACAGAGAAUAGAUAUGUUUUCUAAACCCUUUCACUUCAAGAGAAAUAUAAUUUAAUAUUAUAGUUUUCUAUCUGCUCAGUAAAUUAAAGAAGCUAAAUAGGCAAAAUAUAUUAAGUUAUUUUCUUGAAUAUGGGGGAGGGGUGGGAAAACAAUAUUUUUAUCUCUCCUGCUCCCAAGAAAAGAUAGGGAGAAAGGGACCUAUUUGCUCUUCCCCUUCACCUUGUUGAAUCAUAAAUCUAUCGAGCAGGAAAGAUUUGGGGAGUAAUUUAAAACUUAGAAGAGCAGGAAGUAGAAGAAAAAGUCUUUGUGAUUCACUUUGAGAAACUCAUUCAAUUAGUUGCCAAGCCUAUGCUACAAAACUCUAGAGCACUGUGGCAAAAUAAGUCUCCCAGUGACAUUAAUGCCUUUUGAGCUUUGGAGUUGUCCCUUCUCCUGCCUCUAUAUAUAUACCUUUAUAGUAGUGCUAUUCAAAGGAGCUGUUCAGUGAACUGUUUAUACCUAUCCACUGCAAGAAAAGGAACCUGUACCAAACUGUAAGUUCUUUAUUGAGAAAGUGUGGCACUGAAAACAAAAGCAGUUGAAAUAAACAUUGUAUUUAGUAACCUAAUUGGUAUAUGUUCUCACACAAUUUCCUUACCUGAUUUCUGAUCAGGAACAAACAGUUCAGGUAAGCAAACCAAACCUAUAUAUAGCAGUACUUUAGAAGAGUGGUCUGCAGACUUUUCUGUUGUGAGUCCAGGUGCUAAAUUGUGGGCCCUGGUCACAAUUACUUAAGUCUUCCUUGUAGCAUAGAAGCACCUAUAGGUAGUGUGUAAACAAUAGCCUGUUUGUGUUUCAUUAAAACUUUAUUUUAAAAAAAAAAACAAUGUUGGCUAGAUUUAACUUUUGCUUUAGAGUGUUUAGACUCACUUGAUAUGACGGUGAAAGCCAGUAAUGCAGGUUAGUUAGUUACUGUUUGCCUAAGAACUAACUAAUGACUAGUGCCUUAGUAUUUUAGGGUUCCCUGUUAUCUAGCAGUAGGAUUAUGAUAGGUUAAAAGUGCAGUUCAGUGACAUUAAUUUGAUUAUAUUGAUUUGGUGGCGUAUACUUUUAAUUUACAUUGAAAAUCUAAAUGCCAUAUUUAUGUGUUAUUUCUUCCCCUUUGCAUCUCUCCAGUGUUUUAGGGAGAAUUUUGGAAUUGUUUUACCUUCUACAAAUUUUAAGAACUAUUCUAAACAUUUUUAAAGGAACUGGCAAGAUACAAGUUACCUUGUUUUUGCUAUAAGUAAAAAGAUAAGGAAUCACAUAUCUGGGCAAUAUUUACCUAAGGUUACAAAGCCAAGAUUUGAUCUGAUUCUAAAGUUAUUAUUUUCAGUCAGACCUAUAGUUCUCAGCAUUUACAUUGAAAGUUGCUUUUUAAAAUAAAUCUUUUAUUUUUUGCAAAUAAUGCUCCCAUUGAUCAUAUAAUUAUAGUUUGUUUUAUUAUUUAUACAGUGAUUAUACAUAUAUGGAAUGGAGUACUUCUUAACCUAAAGAAAAGGAACUAGUAAUAUUUUUUAUUGCCAGGAAUUAAGGGAUUUUACCUCAGGAGGAGGAGUAAUUAUUGUGUUAAUAGGGAAGAUGUGUAAUAUAAAGAUAUACUUCACAUAAUUUAAUAAUUUUAACAUCAUUACAUUUUUGUAGCCUUCUAUAAUGUCAUUUUUUGACUCCAUGGUUGGCACGAUAAGUUUUGUUCCAUCAAAAUUGUUACUCCAAUACCAAUCUUUCCUACUGACUUUAAAGAAAUAAGACUUUUGUAUCACGUAUAUAGGCACUCAAAAAGGAUUAUAGGUGUUUCACUUUUACUAGAUAACUAUAAUUCUAAGACUUGGUUUUUUUUCCAGCAAAGAAGUGAAACUCUUUUUUUUCUUUUACAUAGGGCACAUAUGCAGAUCCAUGUAGACAAAAGAAUAUAGUCAAAUGGGUUUUUUUUAAUUGAUUUUAGAGUGAGAGGAAAGGGGAGAGAGAAUCAUCAAUUUGUUCUACUUAUUUAUGCAUUCAUUGGUUGUUUCUUGUAUGUGCCCUGACUGGGUGUCAACCUGCAACUUUGAUGUAUUAGAAAUAUGUUCUAACCAACUGAGUUACCCAACCAGGGUUAGAUAGAUUUUUUAAAUCAUGACAUUUUUUUUAUUGUUAGACUGUUUCUCUGUUGUUUUUUCCUCCUCCUUGUGAAAGUAAACCCUUUAACAUUUGUUACAGUACUGAUUUGAUGUUAACAAACUUCUUCAGCUUUUUCUUGUCUGGGAAGUUCCUUAUUUCUUCUUCAGUUUUAAAUGAUAGCCUUGCUGGGUAAAGUAGCCUUGGUUGUAGGUCCUUUUCAUCACCUUGAAUAUUUCAUGCCACUCCCUUCAGCCCUGAUUGGACAAAUAUGUGGGGAAAAAUGUAACUUGGAUCACCUCCUUCCACCAUACAUGAAUGAAAUCAAAAUGGAUCAGAGAUUUAAAUGUUAGACCCAAAACCAUAAAGAUCCUAGAAGAAAAUGUAGGCAGAAAAUCUCAGACGUUGCUCAUAUCAAUUUUUUUAUCAGGUGUAUCUCCCCCCCACCCGAGGCAAGGGGAAAAAAGAAAAAAAAAAACAAAUGGGACUACAUCAAACUAAAAAGGUUUUGCACAGCAAAGGAAAUCAUCAACAAAAUAAAAAGACAAUCCACAGAAUGGGAGAAGAUAUUCGCCUAAUAUCUAAUAAGGUGUCAGUAGCCAGUGACUUACAAACUCACACAAAAAAACCACUUCUCCAAAGAGGACAUACAGAUGGCAAAUGGACAUGUGAAAAGAUGCUCAACAUCACUAAUCUCCAGAGAAAUACAAAUUAAAACCACAAUGAGAUACUAUGACACCUGUCAGAAUCGCUGUCAUCAAUAAAUCAACAAAUAAGUACAGGUGAAGUUGUAGAGAAAGGGGAACCUUUUUGCACAGUUGUUGGGAAUGAAGAUUUGGGCAGUCUCUGUGGAAAGCAGUAUGGAGAUAUCUCAAGAAUUUAAAAAUGGAUAUGCCUUUUGACCCAGCGAUCCUACCUCUGAGAAUAUAUCCAAAGGAACCCAAAACACUAAUUCAAAAGAAUAUAAGCACCCCUAUGUUCACUGCAGCAUUAUUUACAAUCACUAAGAUAUGGAAGCAGCCCAAGUGUCCAUCAAUAGAUGAGUGGGUAAAACAACUAUGGGCCAUUUACACAAUGGGAUACUACUCAGUCAUAAAAAAGAAAGUUUUACCCUUUGUGACAAUAUGGAUGGACCGGAAAAACGUGCUAAAUGAAAUAAGCAAAAAGGCAAAUACCAUAUGAUUCACUCAUGUGGAAUCGAAUGAACAAACUGAACUAACAAGGAAAAUGGGGUGGGGACAGACUCGUAGAUAGAAAACAGGAUGACAGCUAGUGGGUGUGGGGGUAGUUAGAGGGUGGAGGGGUUGAGGAAAAAGGGCUCAGGUACAUGGACAAUGUGGUGAUUGCUGAGGGAAAGAGGGUAUAACCAGGGGACUAAAUGGUAAUGGAAAAAGAUACAGUAAAGAUUUAAAAAGUCAUGGCAGUGUUUAAUUUUCAACUUAAAAGCUGUAAAUUGAAAGACACUUCACUCAGAUCACCUUGUAAGAAAUUAAACAUAUCUGCAGCAACAGUGGGAACAUCCUGGGUGAAGUUACUUCUACAGUUAGGUAAAGGUAACUUUUAAUUGCUUGUUAAAUGUAUUAUAAAGUCACUUUCAUUUAAUAUACUAGGCAUAAUUUAGUCUUCUUUGAUUACAUAGUCAUCAUUAUGAAGAUUAUUGGAUUAAGCUAUACAUGAAGCUGUAGCUGCAGAUGUUGAUAGCCUGAAUAACUGCUGAUCAGACAAGUUACCAUGGAUUUUGGUUUCCAGGAAAUGACCUUGGUACAUCUGGGGUCAUAUGACUUUUCCAAAAACGACAGAAAAUUUGCACUACUCACUUAAUUCAACCUUUUUUUAAAUUGGGGUAAAAAAAAUUCAUUAGUUUUAGGUGUACAAUGUAAUAAUUUAAAACUUGUGUUUGUUGCAAUUGACCACCGCAAUAAGUCUACUUAGUAUCCAACAUCACACAUGGAAAAAAAUUUUUAUGAUGACAACUUGCACGAUUCCCUCUUCUAGCUGCUUUGAAGUAUGCAAUAUAGUAUUAUCAAUGGUAGCCACCAAUGGUAGUAAGUUAUGCUCACCAUCCCCAUGACUUACUCAUUUUAUAAGAGAAAAAUAUAUACCCUUUGACCCUGUUACCCAUUUUAUUCACACUCCCAACCCUCAGCCCUCAAAUCAGGCAAGCACCGAUCUCUGUAUUCAUGAGUUCAGGAUUUUUUUUUUUUUUAGAUUCCACAUAUAAGUGAGGUCAUAUGGUAUUUAUCUUUUUCUCUCUGACUUAACUCACCAUAAUGCCCACGAGGUCUAUUCAUGUCAUGAUUUCACUUUUUUUAAUGGGUGAAUAGUGUUCCAGUGUGUAUUAUAUUUUCUUUAGCUGUACAUCCAUCAGUGGGCACUUCGGUUAUUCUGUACCUUGGUUAUUGAAAGUAUGCCACAAUGAAUAUGGGGGUGCAUGCAUCUUUUCAAGUUAGUGUUUUCAUAUUUUUUGGAUAAAUACCCAGAAUUAGAAUUGUUGGACCAUAUGGUAGUUUCACUUUUAGUUUCUUGAGGAACUUCCAUACUGUUUUCCAUAGUGGCUGCAUUAAUUUAUAUUUCUACCAAUAGAGCACAAGGAUUCCCUUUUCUCUACAUCCUCACCAACACCUGUUAUUUCUUAUCUUUUUUGUAAUAGUCUUUCUAACAGGUGUGAGGUGAUACUGUGGUUUUAAUUUGCAUUUCCAGUAUGAUUAGUGAUGUUGAGCAUUUUUUCUGUAUCUUGGCCAUUUGUAUAUCUUUGGAAAAAUCUUUUCAGGUACUCCCCAUUUUUAAAAUUGGAAUGUUUGGUGCUUAUUUUGAUUGUCUUUUGCUAUUGAGUUGUGUGAGCUCUUUAUAUAUUUUGGAUAUUAAUGCCUUAUCAGAUGUAUGGUUUGUAAAUAUCUUCUACCACUCAGUAUGUCUUCAUUUCUUUUUUUACUUUUUUAAAAUUUUUAUUUAGUUAUUUUUCAAGUAUAGUUUUCUGUUUAUUUCUCCCAUUCCAGCCUGUGCAAAAGCUCUUUAGUUUGGUGUAGUCCCACUUACUAAUUUUUGCUUUUCUUGCCCUUGAAUUUGGUUUCAAAUAAAAAAAUCAACACCAAGAUCAAUUUCAAGGAGCUUACAUCUGUAUUUUCUUCUAGGAGUUUUAUGGCUUCGGAUCUUACAUUCAAGUUUUUAAUUCCUUUUUGAGUUAAUUUUUGUGUAUGGUGUAAGAUAAUGGACCAGUUCCACUUUUUUUUUACAUGUGGCUGUCUCAUUUUUUCAACACCAUUCAUUGAAGAGACUAUUCUUUCCCUAUUGUAUAUUCUUGGCUCCUUCAUUGUAAAUUAGUUGACUAUAUACACAUGGGUUUAGUUUUUGGCACUAUUCUGUUCCAUUGAGCUAUAUGUCUAUAUUUAUGCCAAUGCCAUACUGUUUUGAUGACCAUAGCUUUGUGAUACAGUUUUAAAUGAGGAAGUGUGAUACCUCCAACCUUUUUCUUCUUUUUCAGGGUCUCUUAUUUUUUAAUUGGGAUUCACCAAUCUGUACUUAAAAAUGACCCCCCCUUCUAACUAUUAUAGUAAAAUGCUGUUUGUGGGAAAUUUGGGAACUAUAAACUAUAGUUUUAAACUUUUAAAAUAUUUUAUUUUACCCACCGCCUUAAAAACAUUUUUAAUUGCUGUAUAUCAUGGGCUAGCAAACUAUUGUAUUCAAAUACUGUCAAAUAAAUUUCUUGGCAAUUCUCAGUGUACGAUUAUUUACCAGAGGCUACUGUA